ACAACAUUGGCAUCUGUCUGGACAUAAUUCGAAACGGCCAUGGAAGGAAAACUUGACCUUAAACUAAAUGUUGUCGAUGAAAAUGGGUGUGAAUUAACCGAUAAAAAGCCAUAUCUCUAUCAGACAACAGACACAGUCAGGUAUGUCACAAAACAGUUGAGUUAGAACAACUUUCAGCGAUAGCGAAAGAUGUUCGAACAACUUUUAUCAAUUUGAUUAAAGAUCAAUAUCCAGUAGUUCAACUUCCACUUUUGUUGUAGUGGUUUAUUUUGAUGUUAGCUUUAGGAACCGAUCUGUGAACUAGUUGGGUCAGAGAACAUUUCGAAGUGUUUUUCCCAGGAGGGCAAUUAGUGUUGAUGGAAUGGAUUCUAGUUUACCUCGAUCUCUUUCUUUCAUGCCAUUCGCUAUAAAUUAAAGUUUGCAACGUAAUCGUUUUCUUAAUAACGUCAUUUGCUAAUCAAAAAUUGUAUUACCAAGCCUCAAUUGCAAGAACAAUUAUUCCUGUGCAGUCCAAUCGUUUUUAUUACGUGUACUAAUUCACUGCAUAAGGAGUUUGUUUUGCUGUCUAUCUUGAUAUGAAUUUACGCGCACAUGAAUAAGAAAUCUUGUUGUUGGGAUUGGUUGGUUUUAGUCAUUGCUGUUAAGUCACUGCUGUUGAAAAUCAACCAAUCAUAUCGGAGCAUAAUGCUUGUUAAGGUAGUUUGUAACCAGUUCACGAGAGGAGUAGUUUGCCCUGGAAAUAGCACAAUCUCCAUCGGAAGUGAAUAAAUUAUGGGACAGACAUGAUGACUGAUCAUGGUAAACAUACUUUGAUGCAUCAUUACUUCAAGGUCUCAUCAGUAAUUCUCCUUACUGUCUCUCCUGCAAUUCUCAUGAUGUCAGUAUUGAGAAUUUGUUUCUGGACCUACUAAUAAUUCCUGAAUUGAUGUUUUUCUACAUUCUCAUCACAAGUCUUCUUAAUAUGUAUUGAUAUUGUAAAGAGAAGUUCUGUCUUGGUCACACAUUAGAGUUAAAGAAUUAAAAACCAACUAAUCAUAAUGGAGCAUAAUGCUUGUUAAGAUGGUGUGCAACCAGUUCACCUUAUUGUGUAACAAAGAGGAGCAGUUGGCCAUGGAAAUAGCACAGUCCUAACUGGAACUGAAUACAUUGUGAGACAAUUGCAAGCUACCAUGACUAAUUAAUGCAAACAUACUAUGAUGCAUUAUAAGUAAUUUUAUGUGAAUUCUUCCUAUGAAUUUAGUAUAUGUUCUUGAAGAUAGCAAAAGAGGGGUCCUGAUCCAGUUUGACACACAAAUUUUUAGAAAAAUUCACACAUAUAGCAAACAACUCAUUUUGAAUUUCCAAUUUCAGAUGGAAAGAAGUUGCACAAUGGGUGAAGGACAAGCUGUCAAUCACUUACUCACUCGCAUUUAGUUAUUUUGAUGAUGAGGGUGAUCUCAUAUUUGUAAGUGUUCAUUUUUCAAGUGAUGAUUAACCCUUUACAACUUAACAUCAGUAUGCAUGUUCUCUAUACUUUUCCCUUGACAUUUCCUUAGGUACUGACAAGGAGAAUUUGUGUAACAAUCAAAGCUUCUUAGCUUGGUGAUCACUUCCUUUAUUCUCAUGAACUUAAUGAAUGAUCCAGCAGUGUUACUGAAAGCAGAAAUCAGCAGCUGGUCAUUGUUAAGGUUUUAAGAGUUAAUUACUGCCUAAUUCUGGGCCCUGUUGUUCAAAGCAAAGUUAACCAGCCUAAAAGUAUCAUCCCCGAAUCACACAUUAAGGUCACGAGAAUUGAGGAAAUGAUCACCACAUAAAGAAGCUCUUGUUUGUUAAACAAAUUCUCCUUGGCAGCACCUGAAGAAAUGCAUAGAGAACAGUAUGGAGAAUAUGCAUACUGAUGUUAAGGUGUAAAGGGUUGCCAGUAAGUUAGCCUGCUGGACCUAAUAUUUAGGGGUUAUCCUCCAAGUCCUACCCUGGUUAUUGGGUUUUGUGCUCAGGAAAGACACUUUUGGCACACACUGCUUCUCUCCACCCAGUAGUACAGUAAUCUGCAUGCACAAAGUGGGCAAUACUCUAACGGGCUUCAUGUUAUGAAAACUGGGAUUAGUUAAGUGGGUGUGGACCAUAGACUUGACUCGGCGGAUUACUUUGUUCUGAUACUGAUAGAUGUUGAAUUUGAGUAUUGAUCAAGAUUAAAUAAAAACAUUUUCAUUUGAAUACAUCCCUAUUUCAUAACAGCUGGGCUAAGCAUGGUAGCUGAAUUACUUACAAGCCAUUCAUAAGAAAUCCAUUGGCCUCUGCUGUAAAGCAUGACUAUGUAAGAAGCACUCAUGAAGAAAAUUGAAUUUUGGUAACAUUAAGAUACUGUAGAUUCUUCACUUGGCCUUGUUUUGAAAGUGAAGGCUUUUAUAACUGGGAAGUGGCUUGCUGCUUUUGUUAUUUAGAAAGCAAAUUGCAUACAGCGUUUUAGAGACUUGAUCAGGUGACAGAUUUGUUUGUACAUUCCAUGUCAUUAAUAUAUUUAUAAUAUAGGGAAACACGGAACAAGAAUGGAAGGAAGUGUUGGAAAACAAACAGGAAAAUAAAGAUGGACAUGGAUCUACAAUCUCAAUCAAUAUUCUUCUUUUGGGAAAGGCUGAAACUUCAAGCUGUUGUAAAGAAGUGAAGGCACAAGUAUGUUGGCAAUCAUCCUUUAUACAGUCAGGUGGAAGGCAGAAUGCAAAGGGAAAUAAGUGAACAGAUGCGGCAGCUGAUCUGAGUACAGGGCUGUCAAUUAAAGCCCUUAAAUCCCAAAGUCUGAUUGUUAAUUUUCUCCUCAAGCUGCUACACAUUUCUUUUAAAUUAGUUACAAGAAUUUGGUGUUAGAUUAAGAGAACAACCUCUACCUGAUAAGUUUGAGUAAUCUCAAUGCCUGUUUUGAGGAUGAUGUAUGGAUAUUAUAGGGAGAAGUUACAUGUUAAUCACUUCUGGGAGUUGAAGUUUUUGUCAGAUCACACCUAAGACUGGAAACUAUUGAGAUAAAAUGCUCCUACUGGAUAAAUGAAUUUAUGUGAUUUUUUUAUAGAAGCCGACAAGUUGUUGUACUGGAGUACAAUCUACACUGUCCUGCUGUGAAUUUUUGAGGCCUCUCCCUCCUGACCCAGAUGUAAGCAGUGGUCCACUAGAGAAAAAGUAAGCCAACAAUGUUUGUGGAAAAUGCAAAGGAAUGUUCAAAUGUUCUGGUUUAAUACUGUUCAUAAUGAAGCAAGUACAUACCAUGAAAACCCAAACAGUAAAGUGUCAAUAAAUAUGAAGAUUCAACAUUUCCCCCCCUCCUCACCUAGGCAUUUGAGUAUUUGAAGAUUGGUUUGUUUAAUACUCUGCCCUAGAGGGCAAAAUUGUGUUGAAAUACCCCACCCAAGUGCUGGAUUUGAUGGUCACUUUUUUUAAGCCAAAAUCAGACCUUGUAGAACUUUUUUCUGGGCUAUUUGCUUGCAAAAGUGAACUUUAUACCUUUUAACCCUUUAACUCCCAUGAGUGACCAAGACAGAAUUUCUCUUAACAAUAUUGAUACAAAAUCAAGAAGACAAGUGAUGAGAACCAAGAAAAGUAUAUAUUAGGUUGUUAUUAGUUGAUCCAAUACCAAAUUCUCAGACAUAAGGUCUACAAGUUACUUUUAGUAAUGAUGUCGAUUAUUGUGAAAUUGCAAGAAAAGCAGGAUUUCAAGUUUUUAUCAUUUUCCUCCUCAUCACAACAUGUAUUAUUACUCUGCUUUCCAUAAAUUUAACAUGUACACCCAUUAUUUCUCAUUCUACAUGUAUCAUGUAUCUUCUGCCUUUCCUUUCUCUGCCUCUCUCCAUUCACCCCUUAUUGUGAACUGCACAAUGUGUUUGGAAAAGCCAAAUGCAAGAGACAUACCUUAACCACAUCAAUUUAAAAAAACUUUCUCACAAUGCAAAGACUGAAUUAAAAGGGGUUAAUAGUUAAACCUCUACACCCUAACAUCAGUGUGCAUAUUCGUAUUACUGUUCUCUGUACAUUUCCUGAGGUGCUGACAAGGAGAAUUUGUUUAACAAUCAAGAGUUUCUUUUAGUUGGUGAUCAUUUCUGUUAUUAUCAUGACCUUAAAGUUUGAUUCAAGGGUGAUAAUUUGUAAGGACAUAUUAAAUGGCAUUGUUAAGUGUCAUUUUGUGUUGUCAGGGUCAACCCAGGUUUGCACGAGUACAAGUACAGUGGUGAUGCCCUGAGAGCUGUUGCUUUGCCACUUGGACCAAUUGGUAUGUGAAAAACAGAAAUAUUAUAUGAAAAAUGUUUUUAGUUAUAAACACUUUGUAUUAAGUACACCUUUUGUGAUGGUUUAACACAUAAUAUGUGUGGAUAUUUUAUGUAUUGUGUGGUAUUUGUCCAAGCCAGAAGGGACAAAGAAAAAUUUGAGCAGUGAGCAAAAUGUCUACUUGUAUUAUAAGUUAAACCACUUAAAAGUAAUAUCUUACCAACCUUUUCUGGACUUGCAAAUUUGAUUUGCAUUAUUAGACAUAAAGUGAUUUAUUUUAGAAUGUUUUUGACAAAUAUGAUGAUUAGAAAAUUGUAUUUUCAAUUUUUUGUUAUUAAUUUAUGAUAAUUUAUUUUAAUCAUAUCUUUGAUAUUUUUAUUUUAUUUGAUAAUUUAUGAUAACUUAUUUUUGACAUUUUAUUUGAUUUUUCAGGGGGUGGCUCUAUAGCUUUAGCUGGUGAUGGGGGUCUACGCCAGUGGCAGAUUACCAACACAGUCAAUCAUUUAGCUCAUGUACCAGAUUCAUUCUUCGCCAUUCGGUUUGUAAAUGAUUUGUUUUGGUUCAAGUGUUUCCCAAAUUUGUUGUUGAACUCAGAAAAUCAUAGAAGAAACCAAUCAAAGAGGCAGAUCCAAGAAUUUUUGAUUGGAGGCAAAAAACACAGAAAUAAAUUUAAAUGUCCAUUAAGCCAACUUACUUAAAUAAUAAAGAAAUAUUGCAAGACAAGUAAUAUAUUAGGUUACUUUAUAAAGAAUUAAUUUUUCAUGCAAUCCUGUCAUCGCCAGUCAUUUUACAAAAAUAUUUUUAGUGUUAAUGGUUUUCACAUUUUCACAGUAAAAUAUUUACAACCUAUUUGAAUGUUUCUUUUGUUUGAGAUUGAUGGUUUGAAAAAUUUUUAAAUCAACAAAAUUUAAGCCAUUUCAUAAUUGAUGUAUUUUUUAUUUUUCCUAGAGUGGAGCAAGGAAGCACCAGUAAUGCUGUUAUUCUUCAGUCAAGUACUUGGUACGAUGAGGAAGGAUUCACUCCUGCAGCAUAUGUCACAGACCAUGGUAAUUGGAAGAUCUUUCAGAUACAAAUAUUAGAAAUCUGCAGUCCUUUUGAACAGUAUACAAAUAUUAUAUCAUUCCUUCUACAUGUAUUUCAAAUUUAAUGAGAUUAACUGAUCUGAACUCUACUUUAUUUUGUAGUUGUACCAGAUGGAUCUAAAGAGCUUCUCAGUGAACUACCUGGAGUUAAAACUUUGGAAGUAACAGCAAAAUACCCCAUUGCAGAAGGUUUGUCAUCCAAUAAUGAUUUAUUAAACAAUCAGUACUGAUAACUGAAAUUUUAAGGCAGGGAACCUUUGUACCCUGACACAUAAACUUGUAAGCUAAAUUUCUUUUAGAAAGCAAAAUACAGCCAUAUGACUUUUACAGUAUUUCUGUAGCUUUUCUGAUAAGUAUUCAGAGAUGUGCUCCAGAUUUAGUGUCACUUUACAAACUGAUGUGAAAUACAUGUGAAGGGUCAAAACACUUCAAUUUUUGAGGGAGGGGAGGGCAAAAUAUCUGAGAUGGUUUUUAUGGGGGAAGGGUGGGUCAAUGACUGUAGCUGAAAGGCUGAGUCCUCUAUAAUAUAUGUAUGUCACAGCCUCCAUUUGGACUUCCUUGUUCCAAUUCUCCCAAACCACCCACCGCUCCCAUAUGAUGGGGAACAUCUUUCACCUUAUCUGUGGAUCAUACUACAAAAUAUUCACAUGAUUUCUUUGCCUUUUCUAGUUGAUGUUUUGAGUGAUGAGGUGCCUGUCCAAGUGCACUUAGAGGCAUUCAACCCUUGUGUCCCUCUGGACUCUAAGAACAGUGGAAUACCAGUGGUUGUCUUAAACUACACUGUGACAAAUUCAUCAAAAGACGCUGCAAAGGUGAAUUACUUUUGUAAUGAUAAAACUUCCUCAUAAGUCUGGAGUUAGAUCUGUCAUCACACACCUUGGAAUUUGAGUGGUCAUGAGGAGGUUAUACUGCUUAGUAACAUACACCUGAGAAAGCCAUUAUCUCUUACUAACUUUGACUACAUACUUGGGUAUGGAUUUGUGUUAGUUUAUACCCAGGAUAUCUUGAAUUCAGGCAGUACGUCUGGGUACAAACUUGUGUUAGUGCAACCAGGGAGAUUUCAAAACUAGGCUGUGUCUGGUAUUGUUUGUGUUUGGAGUUGUAGUAUUCAAAUCCUUCAAUUACAUCUCAUAGUUUGGCCAAACAUCUUGGCAGAAACUUGUGUUUACACAGUGAAUCACUGUUAAUUUGACCAAAGACAUCUCAUAUGAAGGCUGUGACCCUGAACUUGAAAUUUUGUCAGAGAAUCACUGAAAUUUUGAUGGGGAUAUCUUAUACUUAGGCUGCUCAACUGGGAAAGGACUUGCAAUACAUUACACUCAGUGUAAAGAGAGGAUAGCUUCUCAGAGUUCAUUGGACCUUUUAGUGAUGAUGCACAUUUGUACUGAUAACAGUUUUUAAUGUAAAUAGACUAAGAGAGAUGGUAAGUUUUAAGCUCUGUGAAGAAAUUGAGAACAUCAGAGUGUGGAAUCCAAAGGUCUGAGGUUCGACUCCUCAUGGGGAUUCAGAAUUUUUUCUUUGUCCCACACUUGUGGCAAGAUGAAAAACAUCUUUCUCUAGUAUUUAAUGUAUUUUACAUGUAGGUUUCAUUACUGGGAUCACUCCAAAACAUUGCUGGCUGGAAUGGACUGGCUCCAAUUACUUCAGAAGGUGUGAAUUUGUUGGAUUGUUUACUUUGCUCCUGUAAUGCUUUCUGAGUGUACAUGUGUGCAAGUGAGCAAUCUUGAGAGGUUGGAAAAAUGCUCUCUGAGCAUCCUGUGACUCAUAGUUCUGUCUUUGAUUUUCUCUUUAUCUGUAAAUCAAUGGUAACCCUUUAUCUUCCUGUAGAGAAAUUAUAAGGCUAAUCUUUCGACAGAUAACAGAUAAAAAGAUAGUUUUUACAGUAACCCUUUAACUACCAUAAGUGAUCAGGAAAGAAUUUCUCCUAACAAUAUCAUUACAAUACCAAGCAGACAAAUGAUGAGAAUAUCACUUAGGGGAUUGUAAAUAGAUCCAAUAACAAAUUCUCCUAACCAACAUCACUAGAACUAUAUGGCAGACAAUAAGGAGAAUUAUAAAUGUGAUCUUGGGAGUCAAAGGGUUAAGAACUGUCAAUGAAGGAUUUCUUCUAGAUGUAAUCUGACAGAUUGUGUGACUUUUUUUAAUGAUUCAAGUGCAGUUGCUGCACACAAUGCAGUUGGCCAAAUUGGUUUGCAGUUUGUGUAGUUGAUGGAAUUGGUGCACUUAGUGCAGUUGUGACAUGUAAAAUUAAUUUUAUUACAGAUUAAUAAAAGUUCAUAAAGAUGAUAUUUUUACAAAGAUAUUGUUUUUUGCACUUCAUGAAUGAAGAUUUUAGAUGCAUUUGUUUUGUGUUGCAGUUGCCUGUGUUGGAUAUGGUGGAAAUAUUAACAGUCUUUUGCAGACCAGGUAUCAUUGAGAAUGGUGUUUAAUUUGUGCUUUCAGAUGGUUAAGAGGAAUGCUCAGACAUAAUUUUUCUUUCAAUAAUGGCCUUGGCAGUUUUUCUGUCAAUCUCCGAUACCUCUAGUAACAAGAUGUGUACCAAAUUUAUUUUCAUAUUAAUGAAUCAUUUGAUAAAAUGAAUGUUUUUUGUUAGUUUUUAAUUUUCUUUUUGUGGAAAUUCAUCUAGCUGUCUGUUUGGUAUUGACAUGAGUAACCCAUCCUUGGAAGAGCGAAGUGCACCAAAUGGACAUGUGUCCAUCUCAGGUACUGUAAACAGAGGUUCUGUGGCAGCCUAUUGCUGUACAAUCAGUCCUUUGAUUUCAGAAGUUCUCAUUUGGUUCAGAUAUUGUGAUGUUAUCACAACCGCUUGUCAAUUCAUUGUCUAUUUCAUAAUUUAAUUUUCAAAUUAUUAUUUUUGCAGUGGUGAAAAAGCCAGGUGAUAAUUUGUCUACAAUGCUUCAAUAUGAUGAUGUGAAAGAGAUGUGGCAAUAUUUUACAUUAUCGGGACUACCCGGGCAAGGAAAGUGUGGUCCCUCUCCAGUAAGUUAUUUACUAUGUAAUGGUCAGGUUAAUUCACACGUAAAGUAAAGGUGCACUGAGCUUUUGAGCCCAAUGAGCUGUCCAGCCAGAGCUUUUAUUUCAAAGCACCAAGUGGAAUGGAGUAUAGUGGCUUCUCUUAGUCAGAAUUCAAGUCUAUGCCCCUUGUUACUAACACCUGCCCCCCCUCCCCCUCCCUCACUAUGGGUCUUGUCCUGUAACCUACUGUAAUCUUAAUUGUAUAUACAGUGUAAUUUUUUCUCUUGAUUUAGAUGGAUUUAAUUAUAUACUAUUAGAAGAGGUGCAUGAAAAAAGUAAUCUUAAGGGACUUUCUGACAGACUCUCAGAUUCUGCUUCCAGAUUUUUCAAAUAUUCCCUUGUAGAACAGGCAGAGAAGAAGAUGUUGUAUUGAAAGUCACAUUAAGAUUUAAUUAUUCUGCACCCCCUUUCAUUUAUGCAUUUUCACAAAGAUGGAGAUGUCUCGUAUGGUUUUUUAUGUGCAAAACCUUUUUAAGUUGUUUGUAUCAUCAGAAUUAAAAGAUCAGGAGCAGGUUUACCAUGAUUGUCUCUUUACAGGUGGGUAAAACUUGGAAUGGAGCUGUUUGUUGUGAGAGAGAAGUCCCACCUAACAGUUCAGAGGUAAAUUUUAAUUUCUCUUAAAUACUGAAUAGGCAACAGAGAAUGUGAGGAACAGAUUAGUGGUAAUUUCAUUUUAGGAGCAACUUGUUUAUGACUGUGAUGAAGGGCCAAUGUGCUGAAUUUCAAAUUCCAAUUGGACUUGGAAACACUGGACAAAGAGCUUAUUCAUUAAUGUACUAUAAAUUGUUAAAUCCCAAUGAUUACCAUUACCAUUAUUAUCAUUAUUACUAUUAUUCAUGAGUAGAAGAUCAAAGUGGGUUGAAUUCAAACCCAGUAAUGAUUUGAUUAAUCAUAACCUAUUUCUAUUUCAGACCUUCACAUUUCUCUUGGCUUGGCAUUUUCCACACAAGUAUGUUGUAUUAGUAUAGGUAAUAACAUGAUGUUGAGUGCAAUUUGGUAUCGAUAAGCAUGAGUACAUUUUUUUAAAGAUGACAGGCAAGUGUAGUUUGUUGUCUUUGAAAAAAUGUACAAUUGCUUAAUUAUGUACUACAAAUUGCAUGGAAACCAUGUUAUUACUUAUUAACAAUUUACAUCGGUGAAAAAAGACAUCACAGCAAAUCAAGACAGGCAAAAUUUUGACAACAUACAUGCUGUACUUAAGAUGUCAAAGGUUGUGACAUUGUAAGUGAUUGCCAAACAAAGGUUACAAACUGGUUAGUAGAUUUGCUGCUAAUUUGGGGAUCAAAACUGCUGCAGCUCGGAUUGUUGAUGUAGUAUGUUGCCAGGCCAGAAAUUUCAUUUUCCUAUCAUAAUAUGCCAUUCAUGGGAUGUGACAUUGUCAUUAAAGUCAUCGUGAUUGACCUCACAUUUUUGCAAUUUGAUGAUUUCUUCCAUUUAAGUUAAAUUUUUACUUGUCUUCUGGCUAGAUAUGUAAACUGGAGCCAAGGGUAUUUUGGUAUCAACGAUCCCAAUACACAGUUUUACAUUGGCAAUCAGUACAGCAAGUUCUGGAAGAACAUUAACGAGGUGAGAGCACUAUCACCCUAUGUUUCAUUUGUUUAAUCCUCUGCACCUUACAUCUGGCUAUUGCUGACAGCCAGACAAACACAGGCGUGUAUACACUCAUAUAAACAUUAGGCAAUAAAUUGUUGGUUAUGCUGUGGUGCCCAUAAGGUGGUACACCUAGGUCCGUUUGGUCAGAGGGGUGGAUAGCGCUAUUCAUCAGAUACAUCGCUAUCCAGCGGAUAAGUGUUAAUAAAAUGUAAUGUGCUAUCCACAGGAUAAAGAUUUAUGCAAGGGAAAGCCUUAACCACCCUGUGAACAACUGGUGCCUCGGGGUUACAGAAUUUACGUACUCCCUUACUGUCUUUUGAACUGAUUUAGUCAUACAGGUGGAGAAUCAAGGCCCUUAAGUGUUUUUUAUAAUUUAUGAUCUUCAAAGCUAAGUUGUUUGUGUUUGGAGGACAUGGUAAAUUUUGUUAACCUAAAUUUGGGCAUAAUUAUCGUAAAAAAUAAUUACACUGUAAUGGUCUAGGCUAAAAAGUUAUAUUGAUUUUCAUUUUGGAUCUUAAAAACUUCACAAAAAUUAGCUUGCGACAACUCGAAUUCCUUUAGAACCGAGCUUGGCAUACAUUUUAUCUUUGUUAUUUAGUUUGUGCUUUUAUUUAAAAUAAAAGAAAAAAACUGCCCUCAUGCAGUGAUGUCGUAAAUUUCACCCUGCUGAAAACUGUUUCGUCAGUGAACAGAGCGUAGCCUAUAUUUCUUUCACCCAAUCUGUAAUUUGAUGCCAUUGUGAGUGAAAUUAAAGAAGAAAUGUUGACGAUGGCCUCCACUGUAUGUAUUUCAGGUUUUGAACUACGCAACUGCUAACUUGGAGUCCUUAACAUUGUCGACCAGGGUCUUUAGGAAUGCAAUGUUUGAUUCCACAUUACCGUGGCAAAUGAUUGACAGUGCAGCUGGACGGCUGUCUGUUGUAAGGUGGGUUUUCAUUUAAAGUUUGUGGAUCGCAGUUAAAGUUUGGAGGCCUAUAGUUAUUUUAACAACGGCUGUAUGAAAUUGGAAAUGAUCGCCUACUACUGCUCUCGAUUAUUAAACAAAUUCUCCUUGUCGGAAAUAUGUAGAGAGCAGUAUGGAGAAUAUGGCUACUGAUGUUAGGGUGUAAAGGGUUAACAAGGAUCAACUAAGUCCAUGCCGUAAUGAUUUGGUGAAGCUCCCUCCUUCCAAUGAGCGCUUCCUCUCUAAUAAGCGCCUCCUUGAAUUUGGUUUUUGCGAAUAAGCGCCCUUAUUGAGUAAGCAUGCACAAACCAAUAGGCGCCCCGAUUGAGUAAGCACGCACAUACCAAUAAGCGCCCCUAUUGAGUAAGCACACACAUACCAACAACCGCCCCUAUUAGUGAGCACGCACAUACCAAUAAGCGUCCCUUUUCCAAAAUGUGCCCCGAUUCUGUUUCAAGGAAAGUACCGCCAGAAAACAUGGAAUUCUUUUCCAAUAAACAUUAAAGCUUUGUUUCGCACAUUCGGCUCUUUCUCAAGAAAGACUGAAAUAAGCACCCUUUUCCGUACAAGUGCCCUCCUUUGAGGUACCAAAAGUGAAUAAGCACCCGGGCGCUGAAUCGAGUCAUUACGUUCAUCAGAUUUAAAGAGAGAUGAAAUAUUUUUCUGUUAGAUCCCCCACGUGCAUGUGGUUGGCUGAUGGCAAUCUUUAUGGAUUUGAAGGUACAAAUUAUUAACAUCUAACUUCCUCAUACAACGCUGAUACAUUAUCCUGCAUGCUGGCGAUGAGAAUAUGGGAUUAAACGUUUCAGUUUGGGUGUAAAACCAAACUUGCUAAGCUAAUUUUUUAUGAGAUGUAAAGCAAUAAUGAAGAAGAAAGACUUAUCAGACACUUGAAGUUUUAAGGGGUGAAUACAGUUUUAAAACUAUCAUGUUAUCACGUGGUCAGGGUGAAAAUGCAAUAAUGGUUCUUGUUGGCCCGCGAGCAGGCCUCAUUAUGAGAGCUUGGGCGCGAGCCUCCCUCCACCCGUGGAAAAGUGACAGGCCUUGAGCAACGCGAGCUGGCGACAGGUCUGUAAGGGGUCUGGCACUGAUAAUAGUAACAGACCCCCGUUAAACCUCUCCUCGACUCGUCUCAUAUAUUCCUGUGGAUGGAGGAACGCGCGUCCUGCAGCGCUAAAAUAACUAUGGCCUUCUCGCAAGCUAGGUUCUUGUUAGGGGAAGUGAUUCUGGAAACUCUCAGCUCCGUUUUACAGUAUGCAAAAUUGAAUUUAAAUUUUGGAGAGGUCGAAGCGUUUGCCAGUACAUUACGAGAUUGAAUCUUUGAACUUGAUUGAAUGUAUAUAUUGAAUUAAAUCUAUAUAUUAACGUUUCUGGUUGUCUUUUUUUUCCCUUCCAUUUUCAGGAUGUAGUAAGGUUGGAGGUGAGUUCUUGUUGAAGCGCUUUUUAAUCGAGUGUUGUUAAACCAACUUCAAAGUAAUCAGAAUGGCAAAUCAAAGCUGAGGGGAAAAUCAUAAGGGACGAACGAGUACAAGCAACCUUUCCGAAGCACGGAUUACCGAGCGUGACAAAAUUGCGACUUGAUUUAGUGUGUCCCUGAUUGGUUUAUAAGGUGGCGCGAGUUUUCUGGACCAAUCACGGAGCGAAGUAAAGCGAAACCAAAGUAAUUCCCGAAUACCAUCGACGCUUAGUUGAAUGUUUCUCCUCAAUUGAAUUUUACUGCACUUCUCCAACACAAAAAUAAACGCACUUUCUAAGUUGUUGGCCACCUGUAAAGGAGAAAGUUGGAAAUUUUUCAUUUUCCUUUGAAAAUUGUCUCUGCCAAGACGCUAUUACUAAGGUGUCAUUUGAACUGCGUUAGUGCUUAUUUGAGGAACUUUGAUACUGAUUUCAUAUUUCAUGUCGUCAGGUUGUUGCCCGCUCAAUUGCACACACGUGUUCAACUACGAAAUGGCCAUUGCAAAGUAAGUUCUGCGGCACUAGAACUGUCUACUUUUUGCGAACGUCUGGGUCAUUUUUGAAACGAUCCCUUUUGAAGUUUCGCGGUUGGGAUUCAUGGCACUCUUCUCUUUGCGCAACCUUUUCACCUUCACUGAGAGUAUGGUAACCUGUUAUUUGUCUUCACAAUGUUUAGUAGAGAUGACGCCUCAAAAAGAUUAGUGUAUUCCAGGUGCCAAUGAUAUUAACUUUAGUCAAAUGUAUCUAACAGUGCUCGUGAAUUUUUUAUUUCUUAUUAGGUGUUUCCCUGAUUUGGAGAGAACCAUGCGAGUGGUUGAUCUGAAAGAGCAGAUAGCUCCCAAUGCCAUCAUACCGUGGUACGGUUUGCUUAAGAUAAAGCACUUCAUCCCUGUAGCGAACCAAUAAUUAAUCGAGUUGAAAACAUGCAGCGAGUGUUAGACGCAAUAACUUGACUUGCGGAAGCGCGGGUGCGAAGCGCGGGAAAAGGUGAUGGAGCCGCUGCUAAGUGCGGGAAAACCUGGAGUUGGUACCAAGCGCGGGAGAAUUUGCAGCCGAGACGCGGGUAAACACUUAGCCCAUAGGCAGACGCAGGAGAGCUGGCCAAUAAGAAAAUGUAAUUGCGAGAAAUACCGUCCUACUCUUUUGGAAGCGUGAAUCGAUUUUAGUGCGGUUCAGAGGUUAGGUAGGACAUAAACGCUCACUGGUAAUUUAAAUAUGUUUAAGUGUUGUUUUUAUAAUUUUUUUAGCCGCACUACUGUGCCUCUUGAGCUUCGACGCUGGUGGAGCUUUUGGCCAAACUACACUGACGUUGACCCGGCCUCUACUACGAUAUGCGUUGAUGGCGAAAUUGGAACCGUGUUGAAAACCUACAGGGAGGUAAAUAUACCACAUACGAAACGAUCUUCUCUAAAGUAAGAUAAACUGAGUGUCGAAAAUCAUCCGGGGUUGCUUAUGUUCAGUAAACUUUGUUCUGUGAUUGGUUUAGAAAAACUCGCGCUUUCUUCUCAACCAAUCAGAUGCAAGUUCCAAAUAAAUCGCGACCUGGCCACCCGGGUUUCCUGCGCUUCAAGCAGUUUGCUUGAAUUCACUUUGAGUUCUUAUUGGUUAAUGACAAUGGAAACCUUUGUUCUGAUUGGUCACUGGGAUAUCUUUGAUUUUAUUGUUUCGACUUUCAGUCUAUUUAUAAGCCAAUAUACAUUUGGCAAAUCUCUAAAAUCAGAUCACUAAAGGCUCAUGAGAGAAAUGCAACCGUGGUCCUUCUUGUCCAUCAUUUCAGGUUCUUCAGGGGGCUCCUCAAAAGUGGUUUGAUGGUUUAUGGCCAGCGGUUAAGAAAAUCAUGGCACGAUGGAUGGGGGACCUAGAUUCGGGAGAUGGUAAAGAAUAUUUUUAAACGCUGUCAGUAGUUGUAUUUUUUGGCUUAUUGAGAAUUUUUCGUUAAAAGUUGUCAUGCGUUUCUUUAUUGACAAUAUUCACUCUGUCGAUGUUUCGUCUUCAUAGGUUUGAUUCGUGCCCCCCAGCCCAAUACUUAUGACACCUGUUUCUAUGGUGUGAAUACUUUCACGUGCUGUCUUUAUCAUUGUGCAUUACGGUAAGUAGCCACCAUUGUUUUAGUGAUGGUGUGAAAACCUUUAAUAGUUAAGAAUUUUCACAACUGACUGUCGAUUAACCGGAACCAAAAUCAUCGCUACAGCCAAUCAGAAUAAAGAAGAGGUUGUGAAGGAGCCAAUGAAAACUCAGUAUAAACACGCGUACCCGUCCUAUAGAGCGGGAAAACGCGGGUGUCUAAGUCGCUGUUGGUUGCAUUUUUUUGCUUCUGAUUGGUUAGAAAGUUGGUGCCAAAGCCAAUGCAAAGUGAUUGACUGAGAGGAACACGCAAGAUUUCUAGACCAGUCACAGUGCAAAGUAAAGCAAACCCAUGGCAAUCACAGACUACUUUGCACACUCAUUAGUGAGAAACGUUUGCAUUAUUAAAAUUAGUUAAGUUAAAAUGAGAUUUUCGAGAGUUUUCAGUCGGAAUAAUUCAGCAAUACAGGAGAAUUUGUAGUCUUUUAUUUAUUUUUGUCUCGAAAUGAAAUGUUGAGCUAUUUUUCUGUUUCGAAAGAAAGGACUUAGCUAUAUAUAGGUGUGUCUCUAUCGCAUCCUGUUGAAUGAACUGAUACUCUACAAAGCUGCUCGGUAGAUUUGUACCAAACUGAUCCAUUAUUCACCGUAAAGAGUUUACAAGCUGACGUUUCGAGCAGUAGCCCUUCGUCAAUCGCUCUGACGAAGGGCUAACGCUCGAAACGUCAGCUUUUAAACUCUUUACGGUGGCCAAUUUAUGUUAUCAACUCAAAUGAUAAUACUAAAUUACCCUGUCAUACUUUCCCACCGACACAGCAUCACAAUUUCUCUAGAAACUUACCUCCUUGAUCCAUUAUUCCUCGUAUUGUAUUAUAGAGCUGCGGAGGAGAUGGCGAUACUUCAAAAAGAAUCGGUACAGUAAAGUUUUUUUUCCCAUUUUGCCAUAUUUCCACAGUUUAACCCUGUAACUCCCAGAGGUGAUUAACAUGUAGUUUCUCCCUAUCUUAUGUAUAUAUUAUCCAGCAAACAGGUAAUGAAAAUACUAAAACUCAACACGAAGAAGUUGUUAUCUUGAUUUAACACCAAAUUCUCUUAACUAUUUUACAAGGAAAUGUGUCGCAGCUAGAAGGGAGAAUUAACUAUCAGAUCUUGGGGGUAAAAGUGUAAAAACAACGCAAAGUUGGAAAGGGAGGCAUUAGGAAUCCUCGAGUACAUGUUACUCCUGAUUGUAAUGAAAAUUUAAUCAUUUUGACCGUGAAAUUACCUGAUUUGCCUCCAUAUCGCCAGGAGAUUCUAGUUUAGUGAAUCUUGUCCCACUUAUUGCCAGUCCUGGCUUUGUUUCUCAGCUUGCGAGCAGGUCUUUAUUAUUAGCGCUGCUGGACGCGCGUUUUUCUUCCCGCGAGAAAGUUUGAGAAGAGUCGGGAGGCGAGAAGUUUAUCGUCUCCCUCCCUUGUGGAACUUUCGCCGGCUCUCGUUUCUCAAGGCCUCUUAAUUUCCCGCGGGCAAAGACACACACGUCGAAGCGCUAAUCAGGAUAAUGGCUUGUUCGCAAGCUAAUGCAUUUGAAAGGUGUCGACAAUCGUUUCAGAUAAGAUCACUUACUGGGACAGCUUUAAACGUUUCUAUUUAUUUUGGGCCUUUAAGGACCUUGCUGAUGAGUACUCCGCCAGGUUCAAACUGGGAAGUGCCAACCUCGAUAAGGCCUGUUACACAAACGGAAAAUGGUACACACAGGUGAGCCCUUUCUCCAGAAGAACUUUUGAGUGUGCAAUGCCCUUAAUGUGACCCAAGAAUGACGUAGCUCAGAGCCUCUUUAUCAGGACGAGGUAGCAAUCCAUUUGGAUUUGUUCUAAAGAAUGCUAGUGAAUUUGAUCAGAAUUAUUUGAUCUUCUUUUGUUUCUUUUUUUCUGUAACUCAUUAUAUCUAAGUCAAGCGUGAACUGUACUUUUUUGUUGGCGACGUACGCGUCACCGUUUUUGCUACGGUUUGGAAGAACGAACCCCGUCUAUUAAUGCUUCAAUGACUGAGUCUUUGAUCCUAGUCCCUCUGAUCUGGAUUAUACAUGGAUACUCCAGCCAAAAGGAGAUCCUUUUUUUCAUGCGCGUGAUGAAUGAACGGGCGCGGCUUCCAUAAGUGCGAAUGUGAAAAGGGGAAAACUUUCUUAAGUUGUUUGAAAGGAUCAAGCGACGACUCCAUAUGAUUAUUUUUAGGUUACCCAUAAUCAUCCUUUACUAAAUCUGUCAUAUCAGAGUGUGAAUGCAUCGUUUCACAUCUGGGGUUCUUAAAGGACUCCUUUGUGAAAAGGGGAAAGAUUUACACCUUCCGACGAAGUGAGCCCGUACAAAAUUUAUUGAUCACAGCCAUUCCUCCCUUUCCACUAAACCUCAUGUGUUAAUUGUAUCCGGUAUUGUUUUGUAGGUGCUGGAUCCAAAGAAUCCAAAAGCGGAAAUUGCUGACGGUAGGGUGCCUUUUUAGUGUAAUUUUUGAGUGAGGCGGAUGAAGUGAGAAAGUAUUGCGUGACAAUAUUACAUAAGUAAUGGACUUGACGCUUGAACAUUUUUAUUUUUAGGAACGUUCAUUGAUUGUUUGCUUGGCCAGUGGUGGGCAAAUGUUUUGCAGCUCGGUGAUAUUUUACCAAAGGAGCAUGUCAUGUCUACUUUGGAGUACAUUUACUCUAGCAAUCACGUGGAUUCGUUUAAUCCAGGUAUGGCAAAUUGUAUUCGAUGAAGAUGGUUCUCUCGUUCAGGUUUUCUUUUGUUUCUAGCGCGACGUGCGUCUGCUAAAAUUCAUGGGCAGUCUUCCUAAUAACCGCUCUUUGAAAUGUCACGCAACGCUGCUAGAAGAAGAGCUGAGAGGAGUGUUGCGUGACAUUUUUAAGAACGGCUACGAAGGAUGAAUCCUUCCGGUCAGGUGAACAGUGGUACUAAUAAAAUCAAUAUUAAUACUAAUAAUAAUGGUAGUAAUGGUCAUAAUAAUUAACGGUUAAUUCAAAUAUUAGAAUAAAAUUUAUCCUGGCUUAAGAUAUAGAACCCUAAAAACUGUAAAAUAUUUUGAAGACGUUUUGACGUGGUUUCACGUCAAUAUAAAGUCAAGAGUAAAAAUGACAAAUGAAAAUAUUUCGUUUUAUGUCAGAUUAAGUAACGUUAUAUUUUAAUUAUGUCUAUCAGCGGACCAGAAUCCCCGGAAGUUCUUCGAUCAGCGAGACGCCGGACUCUACAUUUGUCGAUGGCCUGGAUCGCCUCCAGAAAAUCCCUUCCGGUACAGUAGUGAGGUUAGUGGUGCAUUUCAUCUAAAUUAUGUCCAAUUCAUGCUUGUCAGUUUCAAUGGGUGUAGAAACCUUCGUUUAUAUAACUGCUUUAUCUUCUUGUCACGCAAUGAGCUGUUGGCGUUGGGAACAUGCUCACUCGGAGAGGGUCGAUUUAGCUAUGCAGGCUACCAUCCUCAGCACUCUACACAUUAGAGACGCAAUCGUUUCUACCAGUGUCACGCUAACGCAUUCGUAACUUAGAAUACACAAAGAUUGAAACGAUGAAGUGUUUGUCCUCAGAUGAAAUCUAAUGUAUUUUAUAUUUCCUUUUUCGCUUUAUAAGGGAGCCUGGACUAGUUUGGAGUACGAAUUUGCCCAGUUAUGUUUGAAUCAGUUAAUGGUCAGCACAGCACUCGAUGGUAUUGACAGUCUCUCUGUCUUUUUUGUUUGUGCGUUUGUUCGUCCAUAGAGUGUCUUAUUUUAGGAUGUUUGACUUUACAUUCCUCCCAUCUCCUUUUGUUUAAGAUUCUUUUGUUCACGUUACACCUUUUCUGGUUUAGUUUUGACCGACACCCGUGAAAAGUAUGACGGCACUCGGCGCAGUCCUUGGAACGAGAUUGAGUGUGGCGACCAUUAUAUUCGCCCAAUGGCAGCUUUUACCUUUUUUGAGUUCGCCUCAGGUCAGGUAAGGAGCACUUCGCUAUCAGUAGCUCUUAAUUAUGAUAUUGACAUCCAGUGCUUGUGUUGUAAGCUUUUGCUCGUGUGCGUGGGGGUUUUGUGUGCCCCUUUCAUGGAACGUGCAGCGGUGAAGCAAUGGUUAUGAGACAAUGAGCGAGGUUUAAUUAAUGUUUUAACUUUGCAGCGGGGACAUUUACAAGGGAAGCACAUGCGAUUUGAAUUCUAAAUCGCUUUGUUCCUGCUUGAUGAUUGUUUAAAAAAGUUUUUAAGUACUCUAGGGGGACACUUCUAUCUGCUCUGGGAUUUUCCAUAAAACAGUGAGGACGUCACGACUCGACGUCACCUGAGCUGAGCUGAGCUGAGCUAACCAAGAUUAUUGCGACCUCAAAUUGAUAAGAAUAAGAUGAUAUGGAUUGAAAAUGUGGCUUCCUAAACCUUUAACUCCUAAGAGCGACUAGCGUCUAAUUUCUCCAUACAAUAUCAGCCUUGAAUCAAACAGUAACGUCACGAGAAUAAAGGAAAUGAUCACCAACUAAGGAAGCUUUUUUGAUUGUUAAACAAAUUCUCCUUGUCAAUACCUGUGGAAAGCUGUAGAGAACUGUAUGGAGAAUAUGCAUACUGAGAUUAGGGUGUGAAGGGUUAAAAAAUCACGAUUGAACGUAAGUCUUCACUUUUUCUUGAAUUAUUUUUUUACCAGACUUGGAAGUUGUCCGAGGUUGGGAAUCCUUUGAUCAGCCUUGGGUUUGCACCGCGAAUCAAUCCGUCAGACUUCUGUGGCUUUUUUAUCACUGCCACUGCUUGGGGUCAGUUUAAACAGAAGGGAGAUGAAGAAAUGAGAGAUGGAACUGCUGAGGUAAAAUAUUAUGAUUUUUUUUGUGUGAAGUUUUUUUUCUUUGCCUUACUGAACAUAAAGGAGGGUUGAAAUAGACACAGUUUUGCGCCGAUGUUGUUUCGUAUUCACGCUACAGAAUACAAACAUUGUUUGUGUUUGCAAUGCCAGUGAAUUUUAGCCUUCAGUAUCCACUUUGAAAUAUUUCAGACUCUUUUGUUUGUUUUCCAGCUUUGUGUUCAUCAUGGAGAACUAAGCCUAUCACAGUUCACUCUCAAGUCACGUGCCUCCUCUGCCUUGGCGCGCAUGGCAGGAGGAAGUGACGAGUUGCUGGUCACAACAGUGGCUCAGGUACAACAUCUUUCUUUUGCGAAAACAAACUCUAAAGACCGUAAAACGCUACAGGACUGUUAAAUUAAGUUUAUUGUGAAUUUUGUUUUAUUAGGACGCUGAACAGCUUUCAAUUACCUUCGAUUCUUGUGGAAUUUUGCUCAAAGCUGGCGAGAGCCUGCAUGUAACACUUUCAGGUAUGCUUUUUUUGUAUCUACUUCGCCAUUUAGACGGUGUUUGCGUCGUUCAUAUUAAUCAAUCAGCAAAGACUUCAACCCAGUAA